UAACCUUUGGACAAGCCCACGUGUGUUAUGUAGUUAAACCAGUCGCCAGUGUUUCAGUAUCGUGUAGAAAUUAAAGCAGCUUUUGGUCACACUUUAAACGAAUCACUGUUCUGUUCACAUUAUGCAGCAAACCAGUCGGACUUUUCUGUUGUUUUGGACAAUUUUACUGAGCACCAGAGCAGCAGGAGAUGACACAGUGACCUGCGUCUGGUCCAGUAGCUGCGUGCUCCCCUGUAGGUCUCAGUACCACGACAUCAUCCACUGGUAUAAAGACGGCAAGCCGAACGCCGUCCACACCUUCUUCGACAAAGCCGAUCAUCUGGAGUACCAGGAUGGGCACUUUAAAAAUCGGACGUCUCUGUUCAGAGAUCAGCUCUCUCAGGGAAACAUCUCGCUGCUGCUGCAGUCCAUCCGGAGUACAGACGAAGGCCGUUAUAAGUGUUACACUGCGACCAGCACUGAGAACAACGAGAAGUUCAUCAAGCUGAUCGUUCAAGCUAAAGAGAUGGAUUUAAACAUAAAAAAUGAAAAACUUUCCUGUGGCAUGAAAGACGUUUACCCAAAACCCCAAAUCUCCUGGGAAAGAGACGGCAGCCCAGAAAAGAACUUUACUUUGGAGGGACCAGACGUUAAAGAGGGUUUGUUCUCAGUGAGCAGCGUUCUCACUCAGAGUGUCAAAGAAAACAUUACAUACACCUGCACCAUCAGCCUCGGGUACGAGAAUCAGACAGCCAGCCUGAGACGAGAGAAUGUUGACAUUAUGUCAGGACAGAACGCCACUAUUCACUGUCCUGUCUCUCAGGAGAUCUCAGGAAACAGCAACAUCACCCUGAUGUUUGGAUCUUCUUCUACCAAUCUGCCUUACAGCCAAGUGUCAAAGUUUCCUAUGGAAAAAGAGUGGGGGGGAAAAAAGAUACGUGUCGCACUCGAUGGGACCGUCACCAUCCACAACGUGGAGAACGAACAUACGGGAGUUUACAGAUGUGUGAGAGUCUCUGCACUGUCCAGACAGGAAGUGCUCAGCAAUGUGCAGAUUACAUCAGAGAACAACCACACUGCUGUUGCUGUUGGUGUAGUUGUCCUCCUCCUCUUCAUCAUCAUCAUCAUCAUCUUCAUCGCUGUUAAAUUCUGCCGUCACCGCAGAAAUAACACCACACGAAACAAUCAACGGUCAAGUUCUUCUGGAAAUAAUAGAAACUCAUCCGACGGCAAUCAAGAGGCGCGAGAAAAAGAAAGUCUGACUCAGGCCUAGGAAUCUGGUCAUGUCACAAUAUCUACAUAGCACAGUGUUUUGUAUAGUUGUAUUGUAUUGUAUAUGAAGGAAUCUGAAGUGAUAAUAGUGAAAGCUAAUAGUGAAGAGAGACCUUUCCUCAGUUUGGUAGCAGCUAAUACAAAAAAAAUCUGAAAACACUGCCAACACAUUAGAUAACAUGAAAUGAAUUAGCAUUGGGCACGGUGGCUUAGUGGUUAGCAUGUUCGCCUCACACCUCCAGGGUUGGGGGUUCAAUCCCCACCUCCACCUUGUCUGUGUGGAGUUUGCAUGUUCUCCCCGUGCCUCGGGGGUUUCCUCCGGGUACUCCGGUUUCCUCCCCCGGUCCAAAGACAUGCAUGGUAGGUUGAUUGGCGUCUCUGGAAAAAUUGUCCGUAGUGUGUGUGUGUGUGUGUGAGUGAAUGAGUGUGUGUGUGCCCUGUGAUGGGUUGGCACUCCGUCCAGGGUGUAUCCUGCCUCGAUGCCCGAUGACGCCUGAGAUAGGCACAGGCUCCCCGUGACCCGAGAAGUUCGGGUAAGCGGUAGAAGAGGAAUGAAUGUAAAUGAAUUUGCUCUCACUACUCAGCCGGAUCAAAAUUCGGUGCUUGUUUCACUCAGUUCAGGUCCAGAAAACAAACUGAUGCCACUGAAUGUAUUGCAAUCUUACUGUUUUUCUUUAGUUCCCUCGGAAUGCCUUACAGUAAAAAUAUGAAGGAAUGAAGAUCAGUUUAAUUUGCGUAUGAAGACACUAUUGUGACUGAAAGACUGCGAAACAUCAUUUGUUUGUGUGUCUGUAUAGAAAGUUAGGUUAUUUUUUAAGUCUAGUAUUUAUAUGAUGUUUUUGUGGCACUUUAAAAUUAAAACUGUGUGUAUAAA